UGUGGGGGCGAGGCGGCGACGAGGGCGGCGACACUCUCCUCCCCGGGGCUCCGCGGUGUGGGACGGCGCGGACGCGGCGGCGGAGGGAUGUCCGCCUUCUCCGAGGCGGCGCUGGAGAAGAAGCUGUCGGAGCUGAGCAACUCGCAGCAGAGCGUGCAGACCCUGUCCCUGUGGCUCAUCCACCACCGCAAGCACUCGCGGCCCAUCGUCACGGUGUGGGAGCGCGAGCUGCGCAAAGCCAAACCCAACAGGAAGCUUACUUUUCUCUACCUGGCCAAUGAUGUCAUUCAGAACAGCAAAAGGAAGGGACCAGAGUUCACAAAAGAUUUUGCACCAGUCAUAGUGGAGGCAUUCAAGCAUGUUUCAAGUGAAACUGAUGAAAGUUGUAAGAAGCACCUUGGCAGAGUGCUGUCUAUUUGGGAAGAGCGAUCCGUGUAUGAAAACGAUGUGUUAGAGCAACUUAAGCACGCUCUCUAUGGCGAUAAGAAGCCGAGGAAGCGGACUUAUGAACAGAUAAAGGUGGAUGAGAAUGAAAAUUGCUCCUCUCUAGGGUCCCCAAGUGAACCACCGCAGACUCUCGACCUUGUUAGAGCAUUACAAGAUUUAGAAAAUGCAGCCUCAGGUGAUGCAGCAGUCCAUCAAAGGAUAGCUUCCUUGCCUGUUGAAGUUCAAGAAGUGUCCCUGCUUGAGAAAAUAACAGAUAAAGAAUCCGGAGAAAGGCUUUCUAAAAUGGUAGAGGAUGCUUGUAUGUUGCUGGCAGAUUAUAAUGGCAGACUGGCGGCAGAAAUAGAUGAUAGAAAGCAACUCACUCGAAUGUUGGCAGACUUUCUUCGUUGUCAAAAGGAAGCCCUUGCAGAGAAAGAACAUAAAUUGGAAGAAUAUAAGCGCAAGUUAGCCAGAGUUUCCCUGGUUCGCAAAGAACUCAGAGCCCGGAUCCAGAGCCUGCCAGACUUAUCUCGAUUGCCCAAUGUCACUGGCAGUCACAUGCACCUGCCCUUUGCUGGGGACAUCUACAGUGAAGAUUGACGGCCAGUCUCCUCCAAGGCCAGGACUUUGCCAGACAUGGAGACAGGUUAGGUGAAUAUCCUGUAGAGUUAUUUUUGUACAUUGUUGAGAGAACGGUACUAACUCAAGAAGUAACAAGGAAUUAUAAAAUGGUUUAAAUGUUGCUUUGUUUACUAUUUUAUUAGUGAGUUAACAUGAUAGUUAAAACAAGUGAUUUCUGUGUAUUAAUGAGCUUAAAAUUGUGAUUAUUUUCAAAAGAUCUUUUUGUAAGUUUUGUGUUUCGAUCCAAGGCCAUGUGAAAAUUCCAUGUUUCUAUUCAUGUAUUUUCAAUUGUUUUUCUUAUUUUUUUCAGUUAUCUAAUCACUGUACACUAUCUAAUUCCUAAUGAGAAGAACCGAUCAAGAGCUGAUGUGAAACUGUAUUAUGGUAUCGUUAGGACUUGAUUAUAGCAGAGACUUAAAUGUUGCAACCUCACCAUUACCGUUCUUACCACCCAAACAUUGGCUCUGUGUGUCCUCAUGCCUUUGAGUUUUUCAUUCCCUAGAGGUCAGUAACUUAACAAUAGACACGGACGCCAUGUGGAGGGUCAAAUUAAAACCUAUAGAGCGUUUCCCUGUAGCACUACAGUAAUUCCAUCCCAAAUGCCAAUUCAGAAGAAAAGUCCUGUUAAGUAGACUCCCUUGAUUACCCUGUAGAACUAAGUGCAUCUACUGCCUUGAGAAUGUUGUAAGUUUGACACCCUACCCAGAGGCCGAGUACAGCUGACUGCUUCUGUCAGGCCAGGCAUCCUAUAUCAUUGGUUCCUUUAACAAACACCAGCCGUGGGGAGUAAAGGGAACGGCAGACAGUGACAAGCUUAUUCCCUUGUGCAUAUAACAUAAAAUAGCACUUGGCUUGAGUAGCUCAAGAACUCAGUAUACAUAAUGUUCAGUUAAGUAGCCUGGAACAUUUUAUUUCCUCAAAGUUUUUGAAUAACUAUAUAUUUGGGAAUUAAGCAAUGCUAUACUACAGGGUAGAUCUGGUGAAUUUUAUACUUGUAUGUUUACAGAUGUAAAUACAAAUCAAAUGUCCCUUUACUCGAUCCUGGUGUAUUAGAGCAAUGCAUGCUCUGUCCAGCACCCUUUUAAGUUACAGUGUGAACCUGCAGGUUUGUAUUUGAUAGUGACGGGGUUAUUUUUUCUCCUUCAUUGCUUUGCAAUUCUCAUUGUAAUCGAAAUCAACUAGUUAGUUAAUAGAACACCUUUGCAAUUUCACAGGCCAAUUAUAUAUCGCUACUUUGAAUGGCUAUUCUGUUUCUUUCUCAGUAUUAGAAAUUACAGUUGAAAUGAGUUAUAUGUGAAAGAAUGGCAGGUGAUUUAUCUUUAAUAACAGUAGAUUGGGAAACAGUGCUCCUAACAAUCUGACCUCUCCAAAACAGUUCCAUGUAUAGCAUCAUCCGCCCCUGCAUGUGCUGUCUCCCAGGGCUUUAGACAGCUUUUGGGAGUUAGGACACAUUUCCUCAGAGAACCAUAGCAGGUUUUCUGUGUACCGCUGAAGCUCAGCUGCGGGCCGAAACCACAGAUGUACUUAACUAGUACUGUGGCUGAGGAGUGGCUCGUGGCACAUCUGAGCAGCAUUUGUCUGUCACAGGAAGGGGUCUGAGCAGCAGCCAGACCCUCCCCUGACAGUGGGGUGUCUGCCAGGACUGCUGUCUUCUCCCUAGGUGUAGGGAUGGAGGCAAGGACUCAGCCAAGGCGGGUGGACAGAUGCACACUAUACACCCUGCUUGUGCCUGUUUUCAGAGUAUGCCAAGUAAGUUAGUUUUUGUUGUUGUUGUUUUGAAAGCAAACGUUUUGUGUGUUAACUUAUUUUCAGUAUCUUGAACUUAUUUAUGAUUGCUGACAUGGUGAUUUAUCCAUCUAAAAUAGAUACUUUUUUCCCAUUUAAAGCUAAUUUAUAAAUGGUGUACUCUUGGGAAGAUAUAAAAUCUUUUAGAAGUUUGCUGAAAUAUUUUCACCAUGAAGACAGACUUAGAUACUCUUUUGAUGCCAGUAUCUGAUCUAAAUAUUUAUGAUAAAAUGUGUUAUUUUUUUAAGGAACUUGAUGCGAUCUGUGAUAAAUGCUAGUACUCAAAAUCCAAAUUCCCCAAACCUCAGUUGUUAGUUACCUCACUAACUGAAUACAAACUACAGUCUGUUCUAGAAGUAAGUCUUCCAGCCUUACAGUAGUUAACAUGGUAAGCCUUAGGAGAUAGUCUAAGUGGGGUGUGGUGGUGCACGCCUCUAUCUCAGUACUUAGGAGGCAGAAAUAGGAUCUCUGUGAAUUUGAGGCCAGCCUGUUCUCCAGAGUUUUAUGGAGUGAGAUUCAUGCUGUUAGUUUCAUGGUGAGACCCUGCUUUAAAAGAGAAAAAAGAAACUGGCUUAGGUGAGGGUUAUAAAAUACCGAACUCUAAAUCAUGCACAUUUUCUCAACUAUGUAACUGAGGCAAAUUAUGAGUGCGAGAGCAACCUGUUGUGGCCCUCAGGGGAAAGUGCGUCACAUUUUCAGCAAGGUUCUGUGCUGUGAAUGGACACCAUUCCUCUUUUCUCCACAAACAGUGCAGAGAGCUGUCUGCAGUGGCAAUUUGAACAGAUUUCCCGGUACCCUCCCUCUCUGCUCCUGCUACGCUACAGUAAGUAAAAGAAACACGGGGAGCUGUGCUCUGCGGCCAGCCUUCCCUGAGGAAAACCACCUCUGCAGCUGUGAGACAGCUCUCCACAGCACUCUGAGUCAGGGCUUGUCCAUAAGAAAUCCCUUAAAGUCAACAAAAGCUAGGAUGAUCCAGCCAUCACGAUUUUCAGAGUUUAAAGAAUGUUUUCUGUCACUGUCUGAGCAGUGUCACCACCGUGUGUGUUCAUGUUUGACUGGUCCGAGAAGUCUGGAGAGGAGGACAAUUUCUGGGAAGCAGGAGGCCUUCCUGAAUUCCCACCCUGGUCGACCACAAAGAUCUGCUUUACUGGCCGGUUACUCCUGAAGAUGAGCCGUGCUUCCCAGGUGUGCUCUCCAGAGCUGUUAGCAGUGUGAAUCCAGCUCUGUGUACAGAAAGGGAGCCCUGUGUCUCUUAGUGGAUUUGUGUGCACAGAGCUCUUGUUGCCACCCACAGUGUCUGAGGUGGCAGGCAGGAGCAUACACACGGGAAGAGCGUUCUCCCUGUCUUUUACAAACCCUUUCUUUAGCUGUGUCUGCUGACAGUGUAAGAUCUCAAUAAAGUUUUAUGUUCUUUGUAAA